GAAUGCGGGGAUAGAAGGUUUGUUCUGCGGGGAGAACUUUGUCAUGUCUGCCGAUGGAGGGAGCGAGGGGGCGGCAGUCAGAGACUGGAGAGUCUGGGGAAGCAUUCAUUCGUCUUGGCGGUCAACGUGGUAGCGACUUUUGGAGCCACCUCGUCAGCCGGUGACAGGAUCAGCAUCAAGCCAGAGCUAGCCACUGCGUCGAGGAUAUCCGUUUAUGCUCAAAUCAAACUACAUGCAUGGAGACGAGCAGCCAGGGCAGGGGAAUUUAUAAAUACGCAGCAUGUCGCCUCGCUUCAGCAGCCGGUAGUUGCGAUUCAUCAGACCUCAUCCUCCAUCGAACUUCAUCUCCCUCCCUCUACAAACGCUAUCGAACAUGUCGACAAUGAAGGCCAUACUUGGCUUGGCCUCAGUCUCUGGGGCUCUGGCUUUGGUCGCCCCUCGCCAGGACGUGCGUGGCACGGCUACCGUCAAGGUCGCUGAACCUUCUGGUACCCCUGAGCACUGGGCGUCUGGCUUCAUCUACGGCUUCCCUUCCAACGGGGAUGGGUCCGCCUCGGACGCGAUCCCUAGUGAUCUGGUCGAGGGCAUGGGCUUCAACUACUGCCGCGCCGGUGGCGCCCAGAUGGCCAACGCCUUGGGCUGGGUGGCUGGCCAGUACGAGGGUCGCUUCAUGUCCGCCCUCUCCAACUAUCGCACCACUCGCGAAUACGGCGGUCGCUUCACGCUCCUCAUGCACGACCUCUGGGGUGCCGACGGCAAGCAGGGCGACGGCAUCAAGUGGCCGGGUGACAAUGGCGAUUGGACAGAGUACGACUCCUUCCUCGACACCGUAUUUGGCGACCUCAAGGCCAACGAUGCGCUCGACGGGCUGGACAUUGACAUUUGGAACGAGCCCGAUAUCAGCGGCUUCUGGGACACCACGCAGGAGCAGUACCUGGCCACAUGGAACCGCACGUGGCAUCGCAUUCGCGAGGAGCUCCCUGGGACCGUCAUCACAGGCCCCUCUACGGCGUUCACCCCCGCAAGCGACAAUGGCUGGUGGGUCAACUUCAUGGCCUACGUCGACCAGACCAAUACGAUCCCUGAUCAAUGGUCGUGGCACCUCAUCGGCAGCGCCGCCAACGUGCGCCAGAGCACGGCCGGGCUGAACUACUUUGUCGACCAGUAUGGUUUCCCUGAGCUUCCCAUCGUCAUGAACGAGUAUGGCAAGCAGAAUGGCGAGCAGAACCCAGCAGGUGCCGUCUACUUCAUCGGUCAGCUGGAGCGCGCCAACACGGCUGGUCUGCGGUCCAACUGGGCUUCGGGCGCGGAGCUGCAAGACCUCAUGGCGAACCUUGUCGUGAAGCAGGAUGAUGGCACGUAUCUCCCGACGGGCGAGUGGUUCGUGUACAGCUACUACGCCGAGACGAUGACCGGCCAGCGUGUGGCCACCACGGCCUCUGCCGACGAGAUCUUUGAAGUCUAUGCCACCCGUGAGAAUGGCAAGCUCAAGAUUUUGGCUUCCGUCCGUCCGAAUGCGUCCACGGGCCGGUAUGAUCUCACGCUGACAGGGCUCGACGCUCUCGGUGUCCAGGGUGACAGCAUCACGGUCAGGACCCUGCGCUUCGAUGGCCCGGAUGCGUACACGGUUGGUUCUGCGCCCACGGACAUGGGCGUAUGGGACCAUCCUGUGCAGGACAACUCGGUUACAUUCUGGGUCGAGCCGCAGGUCAACACGGCUGCGUAUGCCUUUGAGAUCUGAGCUGACUAUACAUGGGGCAGGAGAAGGGGUGGUGUGGUCGACUGAAGUCCAGUCUGUUGCGGAGAUUACUAAAGGGGUUAGCAGUAUAGUGAGAAAUGAACAGUGAUGACUCCUCGAGUGUUU